AUGGCGUCAUACGCUAGGCCAUGGGAAUACAGACUGCGGAAGUACCUCCUGCUUCUGGCGAUGGUGGUGGUCACGGUCACGUAUGCCGUGGCCUUCAACCUGCCCGGCGGUGUCUGGAGAGAAACCGCCCACGACCACCUCCCCGGUGAUCCAAUCUUCCGGAGCACCAACUACCGCCGUUACCUGGUCUUCUUCUACUGCAACGCACUCGCGUUUGCUGCGUCACUUGUGGUCAUCGUCCUCAUCCUCGUCCUCGACAUUCGGCACGACAAGGAAAAGGAGACCGUCUGGCUCGUUUCUGACGUCGUGCCGCUACGAGUACUCCUGUUGGUGGACUUUGUCGGCCUCAUGGGUUCUUACGUCGCCGGCAGCUGCCAGGACAAGGUUUCCACCAUGUACUUCUCUGUGUUGGUGGCCGCCGUCUUGGCAUACAUCGUGCUUCAGACGGUGCUGAGUUGGUGGUCUCUAGGCAAGAUCUCCGGCUCCAGCGGCGCGAUGUCGACCCGGAAGAAGCUGAAAGUCGAAGAACGGUUCCGCAAGGUCCUGAUGCUUUUCUCAACGUUCGUGCUGAGUUUUUCGUACGUCGCAGGGUUGAGCACACCAGGCGGCUACUGGAAAAGCAAUGAGGCCCGCCACCUCCCCGGAGACGCGAUUCUCAGGGACCGCCAGGGCGUGCGCCUAACGAUCUUCUUACUCUGCAACACCACCGUGUUCCUGGCGUCCCUUCUCAUCAUCAUUCUUCUCAUCAUCAACAAGAAGCUCCUCGAGGAAACGGAGAUGUCUCUCAAGCUCUACGGGUGCAUCCUCGCCGUGCUGGUCGGUCUCUUCGGCGCGUACACUGCAGGCAGCUGCAGAAAGGUGGACACCACCGUCUACCUGGUCAGCCUGGUCGGUGCCAUUGUGAUGUACAUUGAACUCCAUCUCUCUGUUCUUGGACCUGCCAUGACAGCCAUGAAGGGGAACUAUUUGUGGACAAGUAUCCAAUGUCUCUACAAUUCAGCCGCAAAAUGGUUGGAAGACAGAAGAAAAUCCGACGAUGGCAGCCAGGCCCUGAACAAGUCUCGUUCUCUUGUUCUACUACUCGCCACCCUUAUGGCCACCACCACUUACAAGGUGGGGCUGGAUCCACCAGGUGGAUUUUGGGAAAGCAACGGCCGCUAUAACAUCAUCGCCGGCGACCCGCUGCUCCUGAAGAUGAACCCACGGCGUUACAAGGCUUUCUACUACUGCAACUCGGUUUCCUUCGUGGCAUCCUUGGUUGCCAUCGUAAUGGUUCAGAAGGGCCUUCUCGUUUGGCACCACAUGCUGGAGGUGGCCAUGGCACUGGGAUUGUUCGGCCUCAUGGGCGCGUACCUCGCCGGGAGCCUCGGCCACGACGUGAAGACCUCCAUUUACAUCAUGGCCUUGUUUGGCGCCGUCCUGGUCUACUUCCUGAUCCAUAUCGUCUUUUUCACGCUCGACCGUGAUGGUGAACCGAAUGAUGAUUUGAACAAGCUAUUGGAGAAGAGGCGCAAGUGGCUGCUCCUCUUCGAGAUCUUGGCCGCGGCCUAUACCUACCAGGCCGGCGUCUCCCCUUCGAGCAACUUCCUGUUAGGGUCGGACAAGGUGCUCCCGUACUACUUCCAGAUCCACUACGAGGUCUUCUUCUACUGCAACUCGGCGAGCUUCAUGGUUUCAAUGGCCCUUAUUAUCCUCCUCACCAACACCAAGCUGUACAGGGCAGUUAUACAAAGCAAUGUUCUCUCAGUCUUCACGGCGGCCGGCUUGAUUUGUCUUAUGGGUGCCUUUUUCGCCACGGGAUACACGCGAAAUAUCAACACAUCCAUCUACAUCUUCGCGUUGGUGGCCGUGGUCCUCUUCUUCGUAGUGCUACUGUCCGUGGUGUUUUUGUUGAAUAAGCGCAAGAAGAGUAGUGGCAUUAUCGACACGCCAGCUGAGACAUGCACAGAAGAGAGGACAGCGAUGGAAGAAGAAGAAGAAGAAGGAAAAAGGCACGCAAGGCGCAAGUACCUGAUGAUGCUAGGAAUCCUGGUUGCGAGCGUCACCUACCAGGCCGGCCUGAAACCUCCGGGCGGAACGUGGCUGAGCAGCUACGGCGGAUACGAGGCGGGCAACCCGGUGAUGCAUGACAGCAGGAGGACUCGGUACCUCGUCUUCUUCUACGGCAAUUCCACUUCCUUUGUGGCGUCCAUUGUCGUCAUUGUGCAGCUGCUGCGGAAGCCACUACAAGAGAGCAAUGGGUGGCUCACGGUGAUCGACACGACGAUCCUGCUGGAUUUGGCUGCUCUACUAGGGGCAUACAUAGCUGGCUCCAGCAGGGGGUGGGAGACGUCCGCCUGCUUCGUCGCGGUGAUCAUCGUCGUGCUGGGAUGCUUGGCAAUACCUACGGUGCUAUCAUUCUGCUGUUCUAGGAAUCAUGCUACCCCGCAGGAGGGUCAGCAUGGCAGCCAAGAAAGUCCUCCUCAGUCACAGGGACAGCGAGUGGAAAUGUUGUGA